GCGAAUUUAUAUUUUUUGGUAUGGCGACGGUCACACUGCUCUCCAAAAUGCAGCCCUGCGCGUCGGCCAUAUUGUGACAGCAGCUGUCAAUUGCGCUCUUCCUCUUUCUUUUUCGACCGUUCGCCACUCAAGAUGACGAAGGGUACCUCCAGCUUUGGUAAACGCCACAACAAGACGCACACCUUGUGCCGUCGCUGUGGCCGCUCCUCCUACCACAUCCAGAAGUCGACCUGCGCCCAGUGCGGCUACCCAGCCGCCAAGUUGCGUUCCUACAACUGGUCGGUGAAGGCCAAGAGGAGGAAGACCACCGGUACCGGCCGCAUGCAGCACCUGAAGGUCGUGCGCCGCCGUUUCCGCAACGGAUUCCGCGAGGGCACCCAGGCCAAGCCCAAGAAGGCCGCUCAGACCAGCAAGUAGGCGUAUAUCCUAUCCCACCCCGGAUAACUACAUGUACUCCACUUGGGCCAGAACGUCAGCCUCCGGCUCUGCGGGGAAGAAAAACAACAGCAACACCAUCUAAAUCCACAGUUAAACCGGCCCCAAAAACGGCUAAUAAAUCGCUCGAGCGCUAAUAAA